AACAGUGAAACUUUUAGAGCUGAUAAGCAUUUAUUUUCUGUGGAAAUCUCCAAGGGAACAGGGCGAGGCUGUGAUUUACUGCCCGUCAUUAGUUGCUGGACUCUGACCAGGAUGUGUUAUUACAUGUACAGCUCAGAGCACUGAAGCCACAUCACUGAGAGGCUCGGGAACCAGAGGCAGGAACCGGAGCUCAGUCAGCGGGGAGACAAGACGCCUUGUAACAGUUGUUCUCCAAGAAAUGAAGAUAAGGCUCAACACCAGUCACAAAUCUUACCAACCUGGCUGCACUUAGCAGCAAUUGAAUGCUGUGUUGGAAUAUUGUUGGGAAAGAAGAAACAUAAAUCUGAAACACAGAACCACGAGAAAACUGAUGAUUCCAUUAAAUGUUCACCAUCACCACUACUAAACACAUCCACAUCUGGCGAAACUGAAACAGCGACCACAUCUGGUGUUGCCCAACUACAUUGUGAUACGGUUCCACCACUUUGGGAGAUUCGAGUGAGAUGGCCUCCACGGAGCCUGAACCAAGAGCCAGUGCAACAGGCAAUGCCACAACACGUGGUGUGGAUCAGACCCUCGGCAACACAUCAACAGGUGCCAGUCUAAUGGGUGAAGCCACUAUUGAUCGAAGUGAACCAGAUGUCCCCAGUGACCUGAUAGCCAUUCAGCGACUGCACAAGGAGACGUUACAGAAACAAUGUGAGAAACUGGAAGUGAAGACCAUCCUGAUAAAGGAGAAGGUGAGGACGUUUCAGUUGGUUGAUCGCUACACGGAGUUAACAAUUAUUUCUGAUCUCCGUCACCGGAAACUGGUAGAACAUGAGCUGCUGGCGAGAGGCAGAGACCACGAGGAGUGGAGACAGAAGCAACUCCGGGGAGAGCUGGAAAAAAUCCGAACUGAUAAACUGUUCCACAGCAGCUUCUCAAAAGGAAGUCAUUUACCUUCUUCUCAGAGAAGCGGAUCUGACUCUCACACAGGGACUUCCGCAGUAGUGAGUGGAGUGGCUGGGAUUGGAAAAACAACCAUGGUGCAAAAGAUUGUCCAUGACUGGGCCACAGGCAAAAUCUAUCCUCACUUCCACUUUGUAUUUGUUUUUAAAUUCCGAGACCUAAACAGACUUCACGACAGAACAACGCUGAGCCGUCUGAUCGUGGAGCAGUAUCCUUACCUCAGAAGUGUUCUGGAUGAGCUGUGGAAACAUCCAGAGAGAUUGCUCUUUAUAUUUGAUGGUUUGGAUGAAUUCAGAGCAAGGAUUGAUUUUGCUGACAGUCGGAGAGACACAGAGCCUCAGCGCAGGUGCACAGACCCUGAAUUCCUCUGUGACGUGUCUGACAUUGUGUACAGUUUAAUACAGAAAAAGCUGCUGCCAGGCUGCUCAGUGCUGGUGACCAGCCGCCCCACUGCAUUACAGUUACUGGCAAAGGCUCAGGUCAGUGUCUGGGCUGAAAUCCUGGGAUUUGUGGGUGAAGAGAGAAAGGAAUAUUUUCACAAGUUCUUUGAAGAUCAGGAGGUGGCGGCUGCUGUUUACAGCCACGUGGAGGAGAACGAGCUCCUGUUCACCAUGUGCUACAACCCGUCCUACUGCUGGAUCCUCGCUCUGUCUCUGGGUCCCUUCUUUACACGGAAACACAGCAACAAACAGCGAGUUCCCAAGACAGUCACACAACUCUUCUCCUAUUAUAUUUAUAACAUACUAUCACAUCACAGUGUCAAGAUGGAAAGCCCCCGUGAUGUGAUGCUGAAGAUUGGUGAGAUGGCCUUCACUGGAGUCUCCCAGAGAAACAUUGUCUUUACUAAUGAAGAUCUGUUCAAAUAUAACCUCCAGCCUUCCCAGUUCCUCUCUGGGUUUCUCAUGGAACUUGUGGAGAGAGAGUCUUCAGAGCACAGCGUGGUCUACACAUUCCCGCACCUCACCAUCCAGGAGUUUGUAGCCGCACUCGCUCAGUUCCUGUCUCCUCGUUCCAAAAUCCGUGGUGACAGGGAGGAGGACGGCCGGUUUGAGAUAUUCCUGCGCUUUGUUGCUGGUCUCUCCUCCCCACGGGCAGCUCAGCCACUGGAGGAGUUUCUGGGGCCAUUUGUCCAUCAGACAACCUGCGCGGUGAUCGAUUGGCUGAAGGAGAAGGUUAAAGCUCAGAUCAGAGACACAGACACCGUCACUGGGAAAAGGAAGCUGCUGAACACACUCCACUACCUGUUUGAGUCUCAGAAUCAAGCCCUGGCACAGCUCACACUGGGCUCUGUACACACACUGACAUUUGGUGACUUCUCUUCAGAGAAAGCAUUGAGACUGACACCGAUAGACUGUGUUGUGGUGUCUCAGGCCAUUGGACUGUGUGACACAAUAAAACAACUGAAUCUGAAGAACUGCUACAUUCAGGAGGAGGGUCUCCAGCGUCUGGUUGCUGCUCUGCACAAGUGUCAAGAGUUGCUUCUGGAGGGCAAUAAUCUGGGAGAUUGUGGAGUGAAGCGACUGUGUGAGGCUCUGAGGAACCCGGAGUGUAAAGUGCGAUUGUUGGACAGUAACAGACUGACCGAUGGCUGCACUGAUGCUCUGGUCUCCGCUCUCAGUACAAACCGCUCACUGAGGUUCCUGGACCUGAUGUCUAACUCCUUCACAGACGGCUCUGUCUCCGCUCUCCGCCGCCUCAUACAGACCUGCACCAGUCUGGAGGGGAUCAGGCUGUGGGGAAUGGGUUCAGUUCAGACGGACGGAAUCAGCUGGAGUCACUGCGGGGAAUCAGAGCUGAGCU